CAACUAUUGACCAAGCUUGGCUAUUCUAAUUUCUCAGGACCGAAUUUGGUUACAACUGUCUUCAGCUGACUCGGUUCUAUCACAGCACACUAUUGGAGCUAUGGAACCAGCGAAUCCUAUCACUAACACUGAGCUUGUUCUAGAACCCGAAUCUCCCGACAACUACCGAAGCGACGGCAGUUGUAAGGAAAGAAUGGUGACAGUGGCAAGAUAUAUCCUUGAAGCAAGGUUGAUUUAUCCCAGUCUCACAGUAUGUUGUUAAUAAUGGGGGAAAGUAUAUAAAUAAAGACAUUGCUUCACCUCGUCUUUCAAUCUGGCCAUCUCACAAGCAUUGUCCAAACAAAGGUUGCCUAUCCAUACAUCUGCUGUUACCAUGCGUGCCAUCUCUUUUCUUUCGCUUAUUGGCGCUGCCAUAGCCCUACCAACAACUGAAAGCUCCGGAGCAGCUCCCACUAAUAGCACCGUGCCCGAUAUCAAUGCUAUCAAAGCCGUAUCGCAAGAUCGGUUUACAAGUUAUCAGACGGGUGGCUUAGAACGCCAGUCUGUCAAGGCCAAUGGAAUGAAGUCCAAGCGCGGCUGGACAUGCAGCAGCUCUCCCAUUUUGACUUGGGGCGACAGCGACACCGGCGGCAAAGGCGUCACUAUCACCAAUGCUGACACGGACUGGCGGGGCUUUUACAUCUACCACAACAACUGCGAUACUGUUCCUUGGAAGUACAUUUGGGUUGGGGCCAACCAGACUCAAUUUGUUUCCUUCCCUGAUGGCUUCGAAGGCCGCAUCCAGCGCGGAGUCGACCAAUACAUGCUUAACGGGCAGGCGCAGUGGCUCGGCUCAUGGUAUGAGGUCAGCUGGGACGGAAAUGGCGUCGGUUGGAGCGAUGUCUCUCUCAUUCGUGGCUGUGACGGUGGUGUUUUGACUUGGUCUCUGGACAACUCUGGAGCCUGGAAGGGAUUCACACAAUGGAUCCUGGACGGUGCGCCUACAGGAGCGUAUGAUAUGAAGAAUGAUGGACAAUGGGUGAUCAAGGCCACAGAGGCGCUUGACGGUUCGAUUAACACAAUCCCUCGCGAUUGGGAUCUCCAGAAGGUUGGCUCUGACUACGUCUAUGUUGACGACUCGCACGGCAGCCCAGUCAUUGCAUCGAGCAACGGCCGUUUCGGUACUUACUGGCCGGGAGGCCGAGCAUAAAGCUCGCAUUAUUUGGAUACAAAGCCUUUUAAUAACUUUGAGAGUAUAUAUAUGUACAUAUAUUUAUCAAGAAUUAUAUAAUUACUGUGGAG